AUGCAAGGCACUCUCAUCAACAUCGCCGCUGUUCUCAGCGCUUUGAGCGCCGUUCAGGGUCACCCUCUCACUGUUACUCAGCGCGAUGUCAUCUCAGCCUUGCCACGGUCCGCCGACGAUAUCGACAUCAAGUUCCAGCCAAUUCUUGACUUUGACUCGGACGGAUGCUACGUCACAGCCGCCAUUUCUCCUGAUGGGACCACCAAUCCUGGCCGUGGCGCAACUGGCACGCCUCAGGGCCAGUGUCGCGAUCCUCCCCAGCUGGAGAACAGCAAUGCGUAUUCGCGCAGACGCUGCAACAACGGCUACUGUGCCAUCAUGUACGAACACUACUUUGAGAAGGACCAGGCGCUGGGCGGGAGCUUUCUCGGCGGCCAUCGUCAUGACUGGGAGAACAUUGUUGUUUUCACCCAGGGUGAUAACGUCGUUCGUGUUGCGCCCUCGUGCCACGGCGGCUACGACCAAGCCAGCAACUCAUUCCCGCUGACGGGCUCUCGACCGUACAUUGUCUACCACAAGGAUGGGGCCAGCACGCACUGUUUCCGCUUCGCCAACAACAAUGACAUUGCCAGUCCCGAGAACCCCAAGGGCUGGUUUACUCCGCCGCUGAUUAGCUGGGACCGUUGGUCUGACGUGAACCUUCGCAAUAAGAUGCUUUCCACGUGGAAUGGCGGUGUCGGGCCCAAGUUGGAUGACGAGUUUGGCAAUUCUCUCCAGGCUGCUGCUGGUAAUGGUGUUCCUGGGUUUGAUCCCUUCGUUGAUAACUGA